UCCUUCAUCCAUGGCGUCCCUGAAUAUCCCUCACAGUGCGACGACGGCGCCGCCCUCGGUCGGCAACAAAGCCACCGCCGGCCGCCCAAUCUUCGCCAAGCCAUCACAUUUCAUCACCCACGCCAAGCGCAGCCCCCGCCUGCAACUCUCCUGCAGCGCCGACGACGGGACCAAGGUCGACCGGCGCAACAUGCUCCUCGGCCUCGGCGGUCUUUACAGCGCCGCCACCCUCGCCGCAGCCCCCGCUGCCUCCGCCAACCCCAUCCAGCCCCCGGAGCUCGACAAGUGCGGCGCCGCCUUCGACCUAACCACCGGCAAGCAGCUGGACGUCAACUGUUGCCCGCCGACGUCGCAGACCGUCAUCGACUACCGCCUCCCGCCGGUCCACAAAACGAAGAUCCGGCGGCCGGCCCACCGGCUGACGGCGGAGCAAAUCCUGAAAUACAACACCGCCAUUGACCGGAUGAAAAACCUCCCACAAGACGACCCCCGGAGCUUCAUGCAGCAGGCCAACGUCCACUGCGCCUACUGCAAUGGCGCCUACGACCAGGCCGGGCAGGGGCAGCUGGACCUCCAGGUCCACAACUCCUGGACCUUCUUCCCCUUCCACCGCUGGUACCUAUUUUUCUACGAAAGAAUCCUCGGCCACCUGAUAAACGACCCCACCUUCGCCCUCCCCUUCUGGAAUUGGGACAACCCUAAAGGCAUGACAAUCCCCGCCAUCUUCGUCGAUCCUAAAUCCGCCAUUUACGACCCCAAGCGGAAUCCGGCGAACCUCCCGCCGGCGGUCGUCGACCUCGGAAUGACCCAUAGUACAGACCCUCUGCAAGUCGUGUCCAAUAAUCUCACCGUUCUUUACACCGAGAUGAUCAGAGGGAACUCCGACGUCUACGAUUUUAUGGGACAGCCGUACCGGGAAGGCACGCCGGUGAACCCCGGCCCCGGCGCGCCGGAGCGUGGAUCCCACACGGCGGUGCACGUCUGGGUCGGCGAUCCGAGGGAGCCGAGCGGGGAGGAUCUCGGGAACUUCUACUCCGCCGGGAGGGAUCCGUUGUUCUAUUGCCACCAUAGCAACGUCGAUCGGAUGUGGUCUCUGUGGCAGAACGUUUUGCCGAGCGGAAAAAUUCCCGACAAGACGAUAACGGAUCCUGAUUUCCUUAACGCCGCCUUCGUGUUCUACGAUGAGAACGCGCAGCUCGUCCGAGUCACCGUUAAAGAUUGUCUGGACCACCGGCGGAUGGGGUACGAUUUCGAGAGGAUUGACCUGCCGUGGCUGGACUACCGGCCGCCACCGCAGACGGCGGCGGCGAGGGUGCGGCGGGCAGGGAAGUCGGAGUCGGCGGCGAAGGCGCGUCACGUUUUUCCGGUGGUGCUGGACAGGAUUGUUCGGGUGAUGGUGCCGAAGACGAGGAAGGGGAAGGCCGACGAGGUCCUGGUGCUGGAGAACAUCACUGUCGACACGACGAAGUUCUUAAAGUUCGACGUUUUCGUGAACGACGAGGACGACGACGUUGCUGAGCUGGACAAGGCGGCGUAUGCCGGGACCUACGCGCAGGUGCCGCACAAGACGGCGGACCGGAAGGCGACGACGUCGAUCCGGCUGAAGCUGACGGAUUUGUACGACGAUAUGGACGUCGCCGACGACGACGAGAUUCUGGUGACUUUGGUGCCCCGCCACCACGGCCCCGGCGUCACCAUUGGUGGCAUCAAGAUCGUCGAGAAUCCGCCCAAGGCCGCCAAUUGAUUGCAGCUGUUGCUUCGAAUGUUUUCAAUUUCAUGUUAUUGAAUAAAAAUAAUGUAUUGUGGUUUUAUGAUUUGGACUGUAAUAUAUUUGAAUUCUCAAUAAAUUUGUUUCUCCCUUUGUUAUUUGAUU